UCUGAUAUUCAAACAAAGAAAGCAAAAAAAAUCAUGUCAGAAAAUAUCCAUCAAGAAAUUCUGAUCGAAAUCCUGAAGAGACUUCCGGUGAGAUCUCUUCUAAAAUUCCGGUGCGUCAGCAAAUCAUGGAACUCUCUAAUAUCAAGCUCCAAUUUCAUUUCUUCUCAGGUCAACCACUCCACCGGCCGUAGCACCAACAUCAAAUCUUACUCAUUUGUCAAGCAAAAUUCCGUUCUCGAUUGUAAAGAACAGUUCAUUUUAUACAAUGAUGGAGACGAUGACGAAGAUUUUACGAUCCAUCGAGAGCUCGAUGAGUUUCCUUAUAAAGAUCAGGAGUAUUUUGUGAUCAUCGGUUCAUGCAACGGUUUGAUAUGUUUGUCAGAUUCUCGUUACGUUCGUUUUUACUUGUGGAAUCCGAUCAUAAACAAAUGUUUGACAAUCUCAUCGUUAGAUAGUUCGCUUGUCGUUGGUUUCGGAUAUGAUUGCAAGAAAAACGACUAUAAAGUCGUAAAGAUUCUGCAUCAACCGGAGAGGACGGAGGAGCCAAUCGAAGUCAAGAUUUACGAGUAG